ACACGCGUUAUCGGUUAUCACUUGCAGCGUUUGGAUAUUUUAGCGCCGAAUCGCGUAUUUACGAUUUCAUAUUACGAUAUUAUAUUACAGAAUCGAGUGUACGGUAUUUUGAACAAAAUUUCAGCGAUAAAAUAGGUACGUACCACCGUUGAUAUAUCAAAAAAGGCAGUGCGCGACUCGUCGCCACCAUGUCGAAAUCGUCCAAUUCCAGUGACCUGCGCACCGAAUUGGCCGAACUCGUCAAACGCAAAUCGGACAUCGCCGAAACUUUAGCUAACCUUGAACGUCAAAUAUAUGCGUUUGAAGGAAGUUACCUAGAAGACACACAUUUGUACGGAAAUAUUAUCCGUGGAUGGGACAGGUAUCUGACUUCAGCUAAUAAGCUUCCCAACACGAAAAAUGAACCCCGUAAUAGGAAGUUCAAGGAGGCUGAACGAUUAUUUUCUAAAUCGUCCAUCACAUCUAUGGCAGCUGUAAGUGGUCUCGUAGAAGCUCAAGAAAAAGCGGAAAUCAAUAGCGAAACAGAAUCUCAAACUGGUAACAGCGGUAGUGAAGAUAACGUCACCAAAGAAAGCGGUAAAACGAAUAGUCUAACAAAUGGUCCAUCCACACCUAGAAACGUGUUAGCGUCUGCCAAACGUGCUUCUAGCACAAAAAAAGUAAAAAAUCGAUGAUCUUCAUUCAAUAAACUCAACAGAGUUUUAAAACAGUUUCAACGGCCACAAUGAGAAAAUCCAACCGAAGAAACUGAAAAUGUAAAAUUAUCGACAGUUAAUGGUUUAUAUGUAUAUACAUACAAAUAAGUUUGAUAACUGUAUUAUUAUUAUUUAUUUAUGUAAUUAUUUUUUAAAUACUGGAGUCCUUAAAAUGAAUAUGUGAUGACAUACAUAAAUAUUGAAGAUUAUAUACAUAUAUAUUUACACACAAAAAUUGAAACUUUUUUUCUGUAAUUAUAUGAAUGUAUUGGAAAAAACUACUGUCAACUGUACUCGGUAUGUUUGAUACAAUUUUAAUCAAAAAAAUUAAAUUCGAUAAAACUAUACCUACUUAAUAUUAUUUAUUAUGACUUAAGAGGACGUCGCAGGUAAAGUGUUACGUAUACAACUCCCGAGAGAUGGCGUUAUUCUCCAUCUCGGCGCGGCGGCGGCGGUUUAUAGUCACGCCCAUACGAGUGCUGCGGCGGCGCGUUGUAGUAUUAUCAGAGCGGCACAUUAUUCUAUCACCGACUGCCGAUCUAGUAAAAACAAUAUUAUGCUGGAAACGUAUGAUUCGUCGCGGUAAACAUUCGCGAGCUCGCGCGCGUGUUACAAUCUCGAGUAAAUCUUUUUAUAGCUACUGUUCAUUAACAUUUAUAUAACAAUGGACUGAGUAGAAAAUACAAUACCCAUCAUAGUUUGAAUCAUUCUGAUAACUUAAUUACUUUUUUUUAGCGUAUAAAUAAUUUUCUCAGAUAUCAGAAUAAACUUGGUACCUCGUAUAGCGUACUUACUUAUUAACAUUUAUAUUGGAGCAUACUUAUUUUGCAUGUCUGUUACAAUAAAAUACGUGUUUCCAAAUUUGCUUAGCCUAUAUUGGCAAUGGUCGUAAUGAAUAUUUUAGUUUUUUUUCUUUUUUACUGUUUUUUUUUUUAUAGUAUUAUAGGUCACCAAACAAAAUCAUUAAAAAUCAGUAUUAUAUGUAAAACAUUUCAGCUUUCUGAUAAUUCAUUUAUAAAUCCAAAAUUAAUAAUUGAAAACAUGUUUAUAAAAAUUCAUCAAUAGAAUAAUAAUUGUAUAAUGGUACGAGUAUCCGUUAUAAACUUUAAGUGCUGGACGGGUCAUAUAUAAUAUUCUAUGAUUUAUUUCAUUAAAUAAUAAUUAUAUAUAAAUCUAAUACUAUUUCAUAAAAAAACAAUGUGUACAUAUGUAAAUUUUGUAUUAUAAUUUUUAUCUAUAAAACACACAACACAAUAGGAAAAAUAAAAAUGUGGCUUCUCUGUGCAACAAAAAUACAGUAUUUCCCAAGUAAAGUCAUAUUUCUACAAUAUUUACAAAUAAUAUAAUUAGAUAAGCUUAGAUUAUCUGUUGUUAUCCCGAAAAUUAUGGUGGUCACCGCCGUCAUUAUUGCGGAAUUUAGCUUUGUUAUAAAAAAAAAAUAAAAAUAGAAUACGAAAUCAUAAUUGAAAUAUAUUGUGAGUAAUACUCUUUAAUUUAUAAAUUGUAAUUAUAUAGAAAAAUAAAUUAUAGUAUAAAUGAAGAGUUAAUUUGUCAAACGUUCCAAGUGCUAAAGUAUAAAAAUUGAACUUUAUAAUUUUAUUUUUUUAUUUCACUAGCGGAAACAUAACAUAUUUUUGAGUUUUAAAUAUGAUUGUUUUUUUUAAUAAAUAUCUAUUCCUUACUUGAAAUUUACAAAAUUCUUUCCGGUGUAGUAAACCCACGUAGUGCACAUGGGUCCCUAUAAGGGCAUGUCCUCCUUUCGCGUCUAUGCAUGGUCACUAAGACGUGACCAAUGGGUGUCCCCUUGUAAUAAUUUAAUUAUACUUUAUUCUUUUAAUUGAUUAUUUGAUUAUGUUCGAGUAGAGCGACGGCGUCGAGUAGUCGGUAGUCAAUUAACGAUAGGAUUGAUUGCACUACUCAGUUAUUAACUUCAAAAUUGAUUAAACAUUAUUAUUAUAUCAAAUUUAUUAAACAUUAUUAUAUGUCUAUUACAAUUAAUUCAAAAGUUUAACUUAUUCAUUAAAAUACCUACUCCUAGUUUUUCGUUACAAACGUUGGUCGUUUACGGUGUUUUGUACGCGGUCAUCCGACCGGUGCACCACACCGGUAAUGGAUAAAAUACAAUUUAAAUUAUAAAGUUCAAUUUUUAUACUUUGGCACUUAGAACGUUUGACAAAUUCAUUUUUCAAAUAUUUAUGUUGGAUAAAUACGUUUUUAGUGGUCGGCAUUGAAUGAGGGGGGUGGCUUAGAUUGAGAGUAAAAAACCGUCUUUACGAAAAAUAAGAAUAUAGAAAUUACGGACACCAGGUAAUACAAAAAAGAAAUGGAGACCCCCCAAAAAUCAAAAUGUUGUUUAAAAUACAUUACUGAUCUAUAUGAUUUAUUGCAACUAAAAAUUGACUGUUGAUUAAUUUACACAUAGCAACUUAAAAAUUUCCAAUUUUGGUCUGAGGAGGGGAGGGGGCCCCACACUAAUUUUGGUCUGGGGUGUAAACAUUGUAUUACAAUGUUUCGGUUUUUCGGAGAGGUAUUUGAAUAUUUUUCCGAUUUUUUUACAGUGUGCAAUAACCCCCUCCCUCCCCCCGUUCCCUAAACCAUUUUUUAAAUCACAAUUUUUACAAAUUAUAAUUUACUACAAUUGCUACCUUUUUCAUACAAGCGACUUAGCGACUUAAGCUGGCUUCUUCAGCUAAUUCUCUAUAAAAUAAUGAACAUAAAAUAGCAAAUAUUAAAUAACAGUAUCGCUGCGCAAGUAAAAUAUAAUAUUUGUUUGUUAUUGAGAAUUGAUUGUUAAAAAUUGGGUUAUCUGUUUUUACUUCAGGUAAUAAUAUAAUUGCGGUGUCACCGUUGACGUUUUCGCUGUCGCCGCGGCUACGGCUGUCGGCCCAAAACCGGUUUUCCGAACGUAUAAAGAUAUGUGGUAAAUUGCCGCUAGGCGCGCCAGCUCUCGACGUAAUAAUUAUUAUAAAAAUUCAAAAAACAUCCCUUCGCACUUCAAAUAGUACUCGUACGCUUUUGGUGAUAGAAAAUUGUUUAUAGUACCAUAUGAAAGAUCAGAACUUUUUCUACGUGCCUAUAGAAAGUUUUUUUCGAUAACUUUAUUUACAAUGGUUUUAUGAACGUUUGAAAAAAGUAAAAAAAUUUUUGAAAUAACUAUAAGUAAACAAUUUUUUUUUGGAAAUAUGGCUCUAUACGCACAUAGUAGACAUUCCAGGCUUUCUUUAGGUAUCCUUAGAUUUAUUCUACGAUUAAUAGUUUCUGAGUACUAUUUGAAGUCCGAAGCGGUGUUUUAGUACUCGAAAUAUUUGACUGCGACGUCCUCUUAAUGCAAAUUAAAUGUAAGAAAUUUAGUUGUAUUCAACAUUUUAGAGCUUAAAUUUUGUAUUUAACCCAAAUUAUUAUUUACUCAUAUACUUUACAUACUAAGCACAGUUAUCAUAAAAUAUACAAAAUAUUUAUAUCGAU